CCGCUACCCACGCUCUACAUUUUCGGGUCUCAACAUACGUCAGAUCUUCCUUUAUCAAAGCCAUUUCUCUCAAGAGCAUUCUGCGACUCUUCGACAACGAGCUCCAGAUUCUCUUUCGUGAGCUAUGGCCAACAACAACAACAACAGAUUGCUCGCUCCCCCAAUAUUCAUCGAUACUUCGCAAACGAGCCCGUCCUCUUCAACAUCAGAAUGUGACAAUCUCUCUCCUGACAGACCUUUCUCCAGCAAUGGCAGUUUUCUCACCGCUCACAGCCCCGUCUCGAUGGACGGAGAGACACUUCGUUCCCGGGCAAACUCCUUUAAUUCUAAUGUAGAGACUCUCAGAUCUCGGUCUGAUUCCACAGCAAUCAAGGAUCCAGACCAUGUUCAGUACGACGACGUACCGCUAUAUGAGGCCCUGAAGCCCGACCAGCGAAAUGAGAAAGAUUUUCAGGUGGACAACAAUCCUUUCGCUUUUACCCCUGGCCAGCUCAACAAGAUGCUUAACCCCAAGUCCUUGGCUGCCUUCAGAGCACUUGGGGGACUUCGGGGUCUAGAACGAGGUCUUAGGACGGACCUGUCAGCCGGCCUAUCACUCGAUGAAAGUCAACUACAAGGAGCCGUCACUUUUGAUGAAGCAACCAAGUGGGAUUCCCAGAAGGUCGACAACUGUGGUAGCUCUCCCGUACAAAGCCACAGCGGCAGCGUUCCGGCCGAAGGUCAGUUUGCAGACCGCAUACGUGUCUUCCAGCAAAACAGACUCCCGGAAAGAAAAGGCGAUGGAUUCUUGAUUUUGCUAUGGAGAGCAUACAACGACAAAAUAAUUAUCCUGUUGACAGCCGCUGCGGUUGUCUCGCUAUCUCUAGGUCUCUACGAAACAUUCACCGGCGGGUCUAAGGUUGAUUGGAUCGAAGGGGUCGCUAUAUGCGUCGCUAUCCUUAUAGUCACCGUGGUGACGGCUGCAAACGACUGGCAAAAGGAAAGACAGUUUAUAAAAUUGAACCGCAGAAAAAGCGACAGAGAUGUCAAAGCGAUCCGGUCGGGAAAAUCAAUCAUGAUAUCUGUCUUUGACAUCACCGUGGGUGACAUCUUACAUCUGGAGCCCGGAGACGCCAUCCCGGCAGACGGAGUGUUCCUUAGCGGACACGGAGUCAAGUGCGAUGAAUCAUCAGCGACUGGAGAGUCCGAUCAAAUGAAGAAGACCAACGGGCACGAGGUCUGGCAGAGGAUGGAGGAUGGGACCGCGACCAAGAAGCUUGACCCCUUUAUCCUUUCCGGAAGCAAAGUCUUGGAAGGCGUUGGAACCUAUCUCGUCACCAGUGUCGGCCCUAAUUCUACCUAUGGAAAAAUCAUGCUUUCACUACAAACGACCAAUGAUCCUACGCCACUGCAAGUCAAGCUCGGCAAACUUGCGGAUUGGAUCGGUGGUUUGGGUCUAGCCGCUGCGCUUGUCCUGUUCUUCGCUCUUCUCAUUCGGUUCCUUGUGCAGUUGCCAGGAAAUCCUGGCACGCCAGCAGUCAAAGGUCGGGAGUUUACGGACAUUUUAAUUGUCGCAGUCACAGUGAUCGUUGUGGCCAUUCCAGAGGGUCUCCCUUUGGCCGUCACUCUUGCUCUUGCCUUUGCGACCGCUCGCAUGGUCAAGGAGAACAAUCUUGUUCGAAUCCUGCGCGCAUGCGAAACUAUGGGAAACGCGACGGUCAUCUGUUCUGACAAAACUGGAACCCUAACUCAAAACAAAAUGACAGUGGUGGCCGGGACAUUCGGCACCGAGCACAGCCUCGAUCAAACGGACGAGGGCAGAGAUGCGCCAUCGAAUAUGUCGCAAAGGUUUGCUGCGAUGUCAUCGUCCGUCCGAGAUCUCCUCCUGAAAGCGGUCGCUUUGAAUUCGACGGCAUUCGAGGGCGAAGAGAAUGGCCAGCGCACAUUUAUCGGAAGUAAAACAGAAGUCGCUAUGUUGCAACUUGCUGAACAAUAUCUCGGUUUGAAUUUGCCAGAGGAGCGGGCAAAUGCCGAAAUCGUUCAAAUGAUUCCCUUCGAUUCAGCCCGGAAGUGCAUGGGCGUUGUCGUUCGACAGAACAACGGGACCUAUCGACUCCACGUUAAAGGCGCGGCUGAAAUGAUGCUGGCCAAGGCGACCAAGGUCAUCUGCGAACUGUCUCAAGACCCUCUCAAAUGCGAAGCUCUCCCAGAUAACACUAAGAGCAUGGUUCUGGACACCAUCAACUCGUACGCUCAGCGGUCUCUUCGGUCAAUUGGCAUCGUAUACAAAGAUUUCGAAUUCUGGCCACCUCCUGGGGUGAAGACCCUAGAAGACGACAAGUCCAUGGCCGACUUUGAUGAUGUGUUCCAUAAUAUGGUAUGGGUGGGUGUUGUUGGAAUUCAGGAUCCACUGCGCCCUGAGGUCCCUGGUGCGAUCGAGAAGUGCAACAGAGCCGGGGUGCAAGUCAAGAUGGUUACCGGUGACAACAUGACCACAGCAGUCGCCAUUGCUACCGAAUGCGGUAUCAAAACCCCUGACGGGAUUGCAAUGGAGGGUCCUAAGUUCCGACAAUUGUCCGACGAAGAGAUGGACCGUAUCUUACCAAACUUGCAAGUCCUCGCGCGCUCCUCGCCAGAAGAUAAGCGCAUCCUCGUCGCACGGCUUAAGCAUCUUGGCGAAACUGUGGCAGUGACGGGAGACGGCACAAACGAUGGCCCGGCUCUGAGGACAGCAGACGUCGGCUUUUCCAUGGGUAUUGCAGGAACGGAAGUUGCAAAGGAGGCUAGCUCGAUCAUUCUUUUGGACGACAAUUUCAAAUCCAUCGUGACUGCGAUCUGCUGGGGACGCGCCGUUAAUGACGCCGUUGCACGAUUCCUUCAGUUCCAAAUUACCGUCAACAUCACCGCUGUGUGUUUGGCAUUUGUUUCAGCUCUGGCUAACGAGGAUAAUGAGAGCGUUCUCAAUGCGGUUCAGCUGCUAUGGGUCAAUCUCAUUAUGGACACCUUUGCGGCUCUGGCUCUCGCAACCGAUGCACCGACGGAGAAGAUCCUGGACCGCAAACCGACUCCAAAGUCGGCAUCGCUCUUCACGAUGACGAUGUGGAAAAUGAUCAUCGGGCAAAGCAUCUAUCAACUUAUUGUCACAUUCACCCUUUACUUCGCCGGCGCCAAAAUUCUGAACUACGACGUUGCUGCGGAUCACCAUUUACAAGAGCAACUGGAUACCAUCGUUUUCAACACGUUUGUCUGGAUGCAGAUAUUCAACGAGUUCAACAAUCGUCGGCUCGACAACAAAUUCAAUAUUUUCGAAGGAAUACAUAAAAAUUACUGGUUUAUCGGAAUCAACGUACUUAUGGUGGGUGGUCAAGUGAUGAUCAUCUUUGUGGGUGAUGUCGCCAUCGGCGUGGAGCGUCUCAAUGGCGAGCAGUGGGCAAUCUGCAUUCUUUGCGCAAUUUUUUGUCUUCCAUGGGCGAUCGUGCUUCGCUGUAUACCCGAUCGACACUUUGCGGUUGUCUUCAAUGGCGUUCUCGGCGCAGUUGCCUUCGUCUGGAAACCGAUCGCAAAAGCCAUGAAGUUUGUAUUUUCUCCGGUGCGAAAGGCGUUUUCUGCUACUUGGGCCGCACUGCGGCGGUUCUGCUCGCGCAUCAUCAAGUCCAAGAAGGGAUCCUCUCCUGAAGAGCUGGAGAUCGAGACCCACGACGAGGAAGCUCCGAAGCUCGGGAAGGACAAGGAGGAGGAGAUCCCGCAGGCAACACAUGCUAACUUACCCCCGAUCACAUUGACCGGGCCAAGUUAGAUCAUGGAUUGAUGACUUGAUACUUAAUAUUUUUCGUUUUUUAUUUUAAUCUUUUUGGUCCUCGGCUGUACUAUCUACAUACUACGGGUUAGGGAGCUCGGCGUUUUUUUGGUUUGGAUCUACUUGUUCAACACCUUUUGCAUUGGGCGGCUUCUAUCUUUUUUAUUCCAUAGUUACUGGGUGGAUUGGCUCUACAUUGUUUCUUUCUUUUGUUACCACAUAGCUAUGCCUUAUGAUGAUUCUGGAGCGCUGGGAUCAACAGGAAGAAGGGGUUUUUCAUUGGCUGCGUUUUCAUAUCCUGUAUACUACUAAAUAUGAGAAAAUAAAUACAUAAUAAAUAGCCAGGUGAUAUGGAUUGUGAAAA